AUGGCAGAGAUGAGAGCUCAAUUGGCAGAGCAGAUGAAUGCACAGAUGACACAGUUCAUGGAGGCGUUGGCUAACGUCACCAGGGGUCAAGAGGAUUUGCGAGUUCUUGUCGAGAACUCUAGGAGGACUGAAAAUGACGGACAGCAGUAUGGUUUGUUUGAUGAUGUGUCGGGCCGUAUUGAUGAUCAUCAUAAUGAGAAUGAGUUCAGGCGUCCUAGCUAUGUGCCUUAUAAUCCUUUCAACCAGAAUCAGGGUUUCCCCCCACCACCUCCGUCUCGUCUAUUGGGGAGGAGAGAUAAUCAGAACCGUGAUAAUUUGGAUUUCAAUGUUGAAAACGUUGACCAGUUGUCGAGGCAUAGUGCUGAGGGUGCACCUGAGGAAGUCGAGAGGUAUCGUCUGAUUGAAGAACGUCUCAGGGCUGUUGAAGGCAAAGGGGCUUAUUAUCGUAAGAUGUCAGUAUACUCUGAGGAUGAGGGUUUUCUGAUGCACUUCUUCCAAGAUAGCUUAGCUGGAGCUUCUUUGGAGUGGUAUGUACAACUCGAGCGCACUCACAUUCACUCAUGGAGAGAUCUUGUGGAGGCUUUCAUUAAGCAUUAUCAGUACAAUGUUGAUAUGGCACCCAAUCGAACCCAGUUGCAAGGAUUGGUGCAAGAGUCCAAGGAUUCUUUCAAAGCAUACGCUCAAAAAUGGCGUGAGUUGGCAGCAAGAGUGCAACCUCCUAUGACUGAGCGUGAGAUGAUUGAUAUGUUCACAAGCACUCUGUCGGGACAUUACUAUUUGGCUUGUAGUACGUCCGCAAGUUUUGCUGAGAUGGUUAGAUGUGGUGAACGUGUUGAGAUGGGCUUGAAAAUGGGAAGGAUUCAGAUAGGCACUUCUUCUGGUCCCACAAGUGGUAAGAGACAGUCAGAGGGCUAUGCCAGAAAGAAGGAAGGAAAUACUGACGCUGUGUAUGGAAGAGGAAAUCAAGGAAGAAGUAACUCCCAGGUGAAUGUUGUUACUAUUCCUGUGCCCCAGCAACAACAGCAGCAGGGACAACGUCCUCAGUAUCAGAACAAUCGAUACCCUCCGAGGACUAGACCUAACAGGCACUUUGAUCCGAUUCCUAUGACAUAUGCUCAGUUGUUGCAACACUUGCUCAAUAUUGAGAAAAUCACAUUGAGGGAUGCUCCAAAUGCUCCAGACAGACAAUCACCAAGCUAUAACGCGAAUGCCCGUUGUGCGUUCCACUCUGGUGGUGUGGGGCAUGAUACUGAAAAAUGCAUUGCUUUGAAAAACAAGGUUCAGGACUUGUUAGAUCAAAAAGUCAUUCAAUUCACUCCAGUACCCAAUAUUGUCAAUAAUCCGAUGCCUGCUCACGGAGGCUCGGGCGUGAAUGCCAUUGAGAGUGAAGAGAUAAAUGUUGUAUCCGACGUGGGUUGUUUGACUUUCCCUCUCGUAUCUGUGAAGCAACAUCUGGUGAAUAGCGGCAUCUUCCCGGGCUGUGGUGUUGAUUGUGAGAGUUGCAAAAGCCAACCUGAAGGUUGUGCUGAUUUGAAAGGUAUGGUACAAAAGCUGAUUGAUGAGGGUCCUCUGCAGUUCUAUCGAAGGUUGAGAGGUGCGAAGAGUAAUGUUGGCGAAGUGUCUGUGAUCUCAAUUCCUUAUGAUCCAGUUGUUCCAAUAUGUAUUCAAGUACCUAUUCAGAUACCUGUCAGUAUUCCAUAUGAGGAACAACCAGCGGCGUUGAUGAUUACCGUGCCUGGUCCUAUUCCAUAUGAGAGUGAGAAGGCUAUUCCUUGGCAUUAUGGCUCAGAUGUAUAUUACCAUGGUACAAAGAAAGGGGAUGAGCCAUCUAAAGGGGAAUUUGUUGAGGCUGCAGCUGCAAACACUGACAAUUUUGCCGGUACUGGUAGAAUUACUCGCAGUGGUAGGGUGUUCUCCCCUCAGCUUGUUCAGAACAAUGCAGAUGCUUUGGUUAAGGCCAAAGGAAAACAAGUAGUGACUGAUGUCCAGAAUUCUCCCACCCAAAGUGGGGCACCUGAUAGUGCUGUGUCUUCCAAGGAUAUCGAAGGUGAAAUACAUGAGACUCCAUUUCAAGCGUUUGAAGCUGUGAAUGCUGUGAGAACUCCUCCUUAUGAGAUAAUGAAGCCAGAAACGGUCAUGUCUUCCUUGAAAGACGCACAGGUUGUUGUCAAGACCGGAAAGGUGGAAGGCUGGGGGCAAGUAAUUGAUGUGCGCCCCAAAUUUAACAAGAAUGGUCUCGGUUUCAAUCCUGGAAAGCAGAAUGCAUCGCCCAAAUCUGAUCCACAGUAUGUUGAGCGUGCAUCCUCACCAUGGACCGUCAUGUCCUCACCAUUGGAUCUCCACGAAGACGGAUCUGAAGGCCUGCUGUUGCACCCCCAUUGUGGAGUUUCAAAGACUAAGCAAUACUGGAUUGCAACGCCUCCACCGGAUCCAGUGUACGCCAUCAAUAAAUCCCUACGAUGCACCUUCGGUUAUGAGCCACUAGAUCAAUUGCAAAGCCACAUCAAAGGAUCAAAACGCACCUCUACCAUACUCCUUCCCAAUUGUGCCGCAUAG